AUGGGUGCUUUGGUCUCUUUGCCAUUAGCCCCUGUUUCCAUGGCUGGAAGCUGGAUUGCAUCAUGUUGCGGAGCCGCGGCGUGCUCUGCCUUUUGCAACCCUAGUAUGAACCCGUUGGCUGGGACUUUCAAGUCUUCUGUGGCCACCAGAAUAACAUAUGCUUUUUUCUUCCUCAUAAACUCCAUCAUAUCGUGGAUAUCGCUUUCAUCGUGGUUGACGAAUCAGGUGGAAAAGCUUACAUGGGGGCUUUUCAAGUUGGGGACUGCCUACUGUCGCGAGAAUGGUUGCACGGGUUUCACCAAUGUCCACAGAAUCAACUUCUCUCUGGGAAUGCUGCACUUGAUACUGGCUGGAUUGCUAAUGGGAGUCAAAUCCACCUCAAAUCCUAGAGGAGUCAUUCAGAAUGGAUACUGGAUGUCUAAGAUUUUUGUAUGGUUUUUGUUUGUGGUGUUGAGCUACGUCAUACCAGACUCGUUCUUUGUGUUUUGGGGUAACAAGCUAUCGAUUGUGUUCUCCACCAUGUUCAUUGGAAUUGGUUUGAUCUUAUUGGUGGAUUUUGCACACGAGUGGGCAGAGACUUGUCUGGAGAGAAUUGAAGAAGGCGAAAUAUACCUGGAUGAUGACGAUGGUGGAAUAAUGCAUAAUGGUAACUUCUGGAGAAGUGUACUCAUUGGUGGUACACUGGCGAUGUUCAUCGGCACUAUCGUCAUGACCGUGAUCAUGUACAUCUACUUCUCGCAUGAGGGAUGUACUCUGAACACUACCGCUAUCUCCAUCAACAUGGUGUUGUGUUUGCUGAUUGCUGUAAUGUCUGUGAUGCCAGUGGUUCAAGAGUACAACCCCAAUGCCGGUUUGGCGCAAGCUUCAAUGUGCUGUGUGUACUGCACAUAUCUAAUAUUCAGUGCUUGUUUGAGCGAGCCAGAUGACAAGCUGUGCAAUCCUCUGAUCAGAAGCAGGGGCACCAGAACCUUGAGUAUUAUCGUGGGGGCCAUCUUCACGUUCAUAGCCGUGGCCUACACCACCACGCGAGCUGCUGCCAACUCUGCAUUUUCACACGGAGGUUCCAACGCUGCAUACACGGGAUCUCAGUAUGACUCCGUGUUGGACGUGAUAUCGACGCAACCAGAGAGGAAUGAAAUACGGUUCCAGGCAAUCAAGAGGGCAGUCGAUGAGGGCUCGCUGCCUGAGAGUGCUCUGAACGACCCCUCGUAUUUCCAGUACUCGGACGAGGAUGAUUCUGGAGAGGAAAAGAACUACACCAAAUACAACUACUUUCUGUUCCAUGUGAUCUUCUUUCUGGCCACGCAGUAUAUUGCUGCUCUACUGACCAUUAAUGUUGGGGUUGAGGAAACCAACGGAGGCUUCAUUCCCGUGGGAAGAACGUACUUCAACACUUGGGUCAAGAUCGUCAGUUCAUGGGUCUGUUUUGCGUUGUACGGUUGGAGUUUGGUUGCACCCGUGGUUAUGCCAGAUAGGUUUUUGUAA